CCCGCAAUUCAGUAUCAUUUUACAAAAAUGGCUCCCAAGACAUCAUAUCAGUGUCGAUUUCCUCGCUGUAUCGCGAGCUAUCAGCGAAAAGAGCAUCGCCGUCGUCAUGAGGCGCAACAUACCCGCCAGCAGCUUCCACGGUGUCCCACUUGCAGCCAGGAAUUUGGUCGGAGGGACUCACUGCGACGACAUAUGCGAGCUGUACAUGGGCUUUCAGAGUCCGGGCCUGCUGUCAAACACGCCUGCACCCGCUGUCGGACUCAAAAAGCUCGAUGUCAAGGGGGUCCACCAUGCAGUAAUUGCCUGCACCGAGGCAUUCGCUGUUCGUUGGAUUCACAGUUAGCACAGCAACCCGCGGAUAGCUCAACAGACACAUCCUUGCGGAUGCUUCCGCGACCGAACGCCUCCGAAGUUGUAACCGUUGCUCCCUUCGAGCGGGACAAGCAUUUUCUCGGUCUAUACUUCAAGCUGUUCCACCCUCACUGGUCCUUCAAUCACCGGGGGUCCUUUCACGAGAGCGCCGAAACCCCCUUGCUGGUGCAGUCGAUGAUAGCCUUAGGUAUGUGGGUAAGUGGGGAGAAAGAUGCACAGUCAAAGGCCAUUGAGAUCCACCGCGUCCUGGACUCCGCCAUACGUCAGCAGCGACAUGUAUGGGAUGUUUCCGCCUCCCAGAACGCAAGCAUGGGGAUUUGUUCCUGGCCCGUCCCAACGUACCAGGCUAUCCUACUCCAUAUCAUCUUUGCUGCGCUACAUAGAGACAACACCGGCCCCCUGAGUCUCGACUUGCAGCCCUCCCUCGAUCCCGCAGCCGCCGCUCUACUGCACUGGCUGGUCGCGAGUUGCAAGAAACUGGGCAUGCUGUAUUAUCCCAACGUGCUCAGUCGAUAUUGCCAAGACUAUCCUGCGGCAUAUAUCUGGGUCAGCAUUGAAGAGGUCAAGAGGUUCAAUCUGGCUGUGUUCAAGGUCUGCAGGACCUUUGGCUGCAGCACAGGCCUCCAUGUGAGCGACUUACAGUUCCCUUUACCGGAGAACAAUCCGCUGUGGAACGCGGCAGGCAAAGCCGAAUGGAUUGCCGCCGGUGCGGAGAAUGUGCUUCGCGAUGGUCUGGAAGAUCCUUCGCCAAGAGAAUGGAUUUCGAAUUCCGCAAGUGAUAUCAUGAAGGCUCUAACAUAACUAUCGCUAGUAGGAUUACAUACAGCUUAG